AUGUUUGACGAACUGCCUUUCCAUAUCCAAGAGGAAAUCCUGAAAACGCUUCCUAUCAAAUCAUUGAUUCAGUUCAGAUCCGUUUCGAAAGCAUGGAAGUCUUUGAUCGACAGCUCAGAGUUUAUUGCUGCCCACAGCGUCAGCCACACACAGCCACAACAUCUGUUUGUAUCGUACACAGAUGAACAAGUGCCUAAAUAUGUUUCUUUUGUCGAUGAUGACUCUUUCCCCCAGCAUAGGUUUGUUCCAUCUCUUCCCCUGUCCAUUAGAGAUCCACGAAUAGUCGGUAGUUCUUAUGGCUUGUUGUGUUUCCAAGGUGAUUCACCUUCCAUCUAUAGAAGGAUGAUUGCUGUUGUUUUGAAUCCUUCCAUUAGAAAAUCAAUAGCUAUCGCACUGCCUGAUAUGUUAUAUACGAAUCAUUUAAUCGUUCUUGGUUUUGGAGUUUGUCCUGUCACCAUUGAUACCAAGAUCAUCCAGAUCACUCAAUUGCGUUGGGGGAGUGAACGGAAAAGCGAAAUUGGCAACUUUUGGGAAGUUAAGGUUUAUAAGCAAAGUUCGGGGAAAUUUACAAGUCUAUCUGGCAAUCUCCCCAGCAUAUCAAUACAUAUUAUGGGGCCCCAGGUAGUUAUUGGUAAGUCUAUCUACUGGUGUGCUGUAGAUUGUACAACUGUGGAUAGUGUGUUUAAAACUCGUAAUCUGAUUAUGUCAUUUGAUAUAACUAAUGAGAAGUUUGAAGUAGUAGUCCUCCCUGAAAGGUUGGCUAUCAUCACUUUCUCCCUACUUUCUGUAUCUAAGCUAAGGGAGUCUCUUGUUAUACUUGAAUACAAUAAAAGCGGAUACAAUGAUACCAUUGAGGAGCAAGUUUGUUGUACUGUAUGGAUGGUGGAGCGUGGUGUAGAAAGAUCGUUUACUAAGCUAUUCAAUAUCAAGGCACCAGGUGACUUGAUGAGGGCAGUGGGUUUUAGGAGGAAGGGCGGAUCUAUUAUGGAAGUCCAAGAUUAUACCUUUGAAUCAACUGAAGAGCUUGUUGUUUAUGAGCCUAACUCAGAACUAAGCAAUCAUCUCAUUAGUGGGUAUAGAUUCACAGUGAAUUCCUACAUUGAAACACUAGUUUUGGUCGGUGGUUCUGAUUGUAGUAGCUAUUGA